AAGAUCGGUGGAUACCCAGCUGUAUAUUUUUAUGUUUGGAAGCAUGCUUCCACGAACCCUCAAAAGAAAAACAAAGAUUAAUCGAGAUUCAUCAAUUCCGUGCACCUGGAAGAAAAGUCUAACGUGAAACGGGGCGUUGAAAUGCGCCUGGGCCGCAGGAGCGAGAUUGCGUUGCGCCGAGCACGCUCCGUCUUGCUUUGGUCUCGACCCAAAGUCUACACGUGGCACCUAGCCCUCUUGUUUUGGCCCUGCUUUCUCCUUUGGACGAAUUGAUAGUGUUUGUGUGGUGUUCAAUAUCUGUAUUAUCAUCUAAUGAUACACUUAUAAGUAUUUUCUCAUUAUGUCAUCAACAACUGUCAUUGCAAUCAAUGCAGGAAGUUCACUCUCUGCACCAGAACAUUGACGCGUCAGUUGCCGUUAACUCUAUCAUGAGAGCAAGAGACUCUUGAAAGGCCGUUAGAAUUGCUUGAAAUUAAACAUUAAUACAAUUCCAUAAUUCGUAACACAAUAAUAUGUAAUGUUUAUUGAAAUUGAAUGGAAAUACUGAUGACCUGCAUACAUGUUCUCGUUGAAACAUCAUUAGUAUUCAUAGUACUGGAGUUAAAAUGAAACAUUUUUGCAAAUCUGAAGUUUAAUAUAUCUGAAAAUCAAUUUUCACUGCUACAGGGCUUGUUAUACAAAGCGUUGUUGUCAGUGGGCGUGUGUGCCGUCUCCUUCUUUGCAAGUGCCCGAAACCAAACACAGCCGGACAGAGACAAGCCUCCGGUGCCCGCGACCUGCGUGGCGAGAUAACCAGGAGGAUCGCUUUUCGGGCGAGAAGCUGAACAUUAUUGGAACAUGUUGAUGUUUGUGACGUAGCUGAAGCAUCUGUAAACAAAAUGGCCAAGUUAUCUAGCGAGGAACGGGCUCUGUUUCCGCUCAGUGACAUAGACUCAGUUGUGAAGUUAUUUAGAAUUCAUUUGUCAAAAAACAGUGAACCAAAUUUGGCGAUAUUAUCAAUUAUCAUUGGGUACAUUGAAAACACACUGACGUGCUCGCGCGGGGGCUCAGAGCCCACACCAGAACUGGAUGAUGACUACUCAGGCAAACGGGCAGAGGACCACCGUGUUUUGCCAGUCGUGGAUUACGAAACAGUGGAAGCCUUGCAUCAAAGGUUUUUAGCAAUUAUCAAAGCACAUGUGGAUGUCACCGCCUUUGGUUCACCUCGUUAUGGAACUCGAGAACUUAUCAAGCGGAUAUCAGAUGUUGUCUGGUGUACUUUAUCCAGCAGUUAUUAUAAAGAUCGUGCACAUUUACAGUCAAUCUACAGUUACAUGACAGGAGCUAAAUUAGACAGUUCAGGGACAACUCUAGCAGUUGUUGCUGCAUGUCAAGCUCUUGGUUACUAUGAUGUUCAUCUAGCACUCUCUGAAGACCACACGUGGGUUGUCUUUGGAGAGAGAGGAGAAGAGACUGUUGAAGUGACAUGGCAUGGGAAGGGUAAUGAAGAUAAAAGAGGCAUUCCUGUAACAGAAGACGUUUACAGCAAAUCUUGGUUAUACGUAAAUGGCCGGCCUGUUAUCAGUAACAGGCAUAUGGAGGUAGCAACUAUAGUUUCAAACAUGAAUCCAGGAAUCAAUGCCACAACAGACUCUGAGGAGGUGAUGCUCCUUCAGCAAGCUCUUCUCUGGUCUCUCUAUGAUGCAGGACACCUUGCCAAAUACCCUAUGGCAAUAGAUAACCUGGGUGAUCUUGAAGAGAUGAUGCCUUCCAAGGGCAGAGCAGCUGCAACCAAAAUGUAUGAGGAGGCCAUCACCAGUGCUGUACGUUACUACGACAACCAACACGUAUACCCAUAUACCUACCUCGGUGGAUACUGCUAUAGAAACAAACUAUAUAAACAAGCUCUAAAGUACUGGGCAAAAGCUGCGUCUGUUAUAAAAAAUUACAACUAUUCUAGAGAUGAUGAAGAAAUCUACAAGGAGUUCCUAGAGAUUGCCAAUGAACUUAUCCCCCACAUCAUGCGUGUUGUAAGCUCUGGAAUAUCAGCAAGAUCCAUUCUUAAGGAUCCGGAGUGCUUUGCCUACCUUCUUGAAUUCUAUGAUGGUAUUUGUGAAUGGGAAGAGGGCUCUGCCACCCCAGUCCUUCACAUAGGAUGGGCAAAAGCACUUUUUAACACUAUUUCCAAGUUCCAUGCUCAUGUACGUUCACACGUGAAAAUAUAUUGUGUGGAUCCAGAGACGACAGACAUUGAUGCUGCAGAUUCUUCAGUUUUUUUGAAGGAAGCAGAAGAGAAUUCAACGACUGCCAGUUCUCAAGAUCAGAAUGGGAACAUGGCUACAGACAUAAUAAGCCUUGCAGAGGAGGAGAUUGACCCAAGUGAAAUGAUGCAUCGAUGGCCUCCUGUUAGAUUAUUUUCUGCUAAGAUGAGAGGGCUACGAGAUCUUCUCCUUGCAGAUAAAUUGAAUUCACAAGCGAUUUCCUUACAAUUAACAGCGCAGUCACAGGUUAUUAUGACAAAGAAGAGAGGAGCUGGAGAGGUAGAAAGCCAACACGUAGGGAGAUCAAAAAGAGCACGGAGAGAGUAGUAGAGAGACUUUUCAGACGUUUAGGAACAGCUCUCCCAGAGAAACAGCAACACUAUGAUGAAUGAAGAAAGAUAGCAGUGGGCUGCAUGACUUAUAAAAAGUCAUAGUUCCAACUUGCACUAAAUAUAACAUUAAGGUAUUGACUUUUGUUUUAGAACUUGGUUACUGUAUCCAGUGAGAAGGAAAUGAUGUAAUGGAAGCCAAGAAGUGACAGAUAAGUUUCUUGGCUCUCUCUGUUUCUUAUAUGUUAUGUCCACUUUUAUUAGCCUGUGAUCAUUUACAAGCAGAAUUUUUAUGUGUGCAUCAAGUUUCAGGGGAAUUAUAUUGAUUUAAGGUGCUGGAACAAGUACAAUUGUCUGUUUGCAAAAAUGCAAUUUGAUAAGACUAUGUGGAUUCAUGAUCUUUGCUUGCUAGAUAUUAUACUUUUAAGAGAUUUAAGCAUGUGUAAGCAAAUAAUACACUUUGUUAUGUUUGAUUAUAUGAUAUUCUAUGGAUCCAGUUACACAUGAUAUCUUUAUUUUACAUCAGAAUUAGUUACUUGUAUAUAUGUUUUCCCAAUUUUUGGGCUAAAUCAUCAUGUUUUUGUACAAUUUAAAGAAAUUGUUUUAAGAUCUGCUGAAGAUAGUUAAAUCACUUAUUUUAAGAUGUAAAAUAUGAAUGAGUUUCUAAACUCCCCCAUUGUACAGUGACAACCUGUAGUAUAUAACUGUAAGAUACAGUUAGCCUAUGUGGUUAACUCAAGGGUUAUACCACUUAUCUAGUACCUGAUAAGGCUUAAGUACUGUAAGUAAUAUGGUUGUGCACCUACUUGUCAGCUCACAAAGAGUAUAAACUUUCAGAUCAUUAUAGGGCUCAUGACUUAGAAUGUGUUACUUCUACAAUUCACUUUUUGACAAGAGCCUAGUGUAAUCUAACAUUAGAAUAGCUUAUAGCAACCAUAUCCUGUAACACCAAUGCUAGGAUGUUGAUAUAUCUUUCAUUAUGUUUGCUUGUUCACACCAUUUGAUUGUACUUUAUUAGCCAAUACCAAAAAAUAUGAUAUGUUUGUCUGUGGAAGCCUUUUAAUGUCACCAGAGAAACCUAAAUAUCAAUCACUUGAUGAGGUUGUAGAUGUAUUAUUAAGUUUGUUUUUGUGUUUGACUGUUGGUAAGUAUGAUGUGAUAGCAAUAACUUAAGUAACAGAAAAAAACAUUUGUAACUGUGGCCUUGCACUCUUAUUGGCUCUGACUCCUAAUGCCCUUGUAGCUUUUGUGGCUUUGCGGUUCUUGGUUGCAAAUGUGGUGGCUGUGCACCUAUUAGCAACACUCUGCUAGCUUAUGUUUAAUUUGUGGUGUGGUGACUUAGUGGCUGUGCAAAGUAACAUGACAUAAUAUGUGAUUUAUAAUAAUCAUGGUAUCUGAAACUACAACUUUAGUCAUUUAUAUCCAUGUAUAUAGAUUAAUCUCAUUUAGAUACACUUUUUAAAGAUGUCUGAAAGCAGUAUGAUGACUUGUGAUAAUUUAGUGUAAUGUAAUUUUACUCUCAGUUUUUCUCUAGUAGCAAAGUUACAGUGAAUAAGAUCUAAAAAUAGCACAGUUGUAAAUAUUUAUACCAUAGGUAUAAGUAGUCAGAUGAUGUCAGAUCUUUACUAGGGGUAAAUAAUUUGUGCAUACAGUUUAUGAUCACAAUAUCUGGUUUCUUUUCCUCUGACCUCAUUAGGGUUGCAAAAAGGUUGAAGGGGAAAGUAGUCCUGAAGCCAUUUCUCACAAAAUUAAAAGAAUUUUGAAUAUCGUGAUAACAUAUUUGCACAUCUUAGCUGCAUGAAACCAUGCUGUACUAGAACUAUGUACAACAUAUGUGGAUUUUAAUGCUCUCUUUGGCUAUGCCCCUUUGUGCCUGAUAUGGCAUUCACACAAAAAAGCCUCUGUUGUUAUUUGUUAUUUCUUCUUGCAGUUUCUUUGUUCAAAUGUAAAGUGAAUGCAUUAUGAUGGUUUGAGCUGUGUCUAGCGGCAGUAAUUCCUUGUGACACCAUAUGCAAUGAUUAUUUAUAUUGAUUGGUUAUAUUGGUUGACAGCAAGGAAUAUGGGAUACAUUUCAAAGAAGCACGUAAACUGGGAAAGAAGCAAUAAAGUGAAAAGGCCUUCAGCUUA